AAAACCACUUUUAAAACUUAUCAAAAUUUCUCCGCACUAUUCCUCAUUGAACGCAACACGUACAUAUGUAUGUACAUACAUGUGACUGCAUAUGUGUGUUUAUAGUUUCAAUUAGUUCGGUUCAUUUGACAGCGCCUUCAUCGUUUUUUGUAUUUAUUGUAUUGUAUUCAACGAGGGGAAUCAAACAAAACUUUGAUCGCAGCACAAAACUGGCGCAGUUUAAUUUCAUCACUGCUCCGAGAACACUUACCACGUAGCCCCUCCUUGUAUUUAUUUGAUUUUGUUGCAUCAUUUAAAUUGUAUUUUACACAAUGUCCGGCUCAAUUUACGGCAAUGUAGCUAAGGGCCCGGCUAUUGAAGUAUUCGCUUUGACUCAAGCUUUCAAGGAUGACUUGUCCUCCAACAAAGUUAACUUAUCUGUGGGGGCUUACCGCACUGACGAUGGUCAGCCGUGGGUUCUACCGGUUGUGCGCAAAUCCGAAAUAGAAAUUGCAAGUGAUCAGCAUACAAAUCACGAAUACCUACCAGUGACUGGUUUGGAUACAUUCACGCGCGCCGCUACGGAGCUGGUGCUCGGUGCCAAUUCAAAAGCUCUUAAAGAGCAAAGGGCAUUCGGCGUACAAACCAUUUCUGGGACAGGUGCGCUACGUUUAGCGGCCGAUUUUCUGCUACAACAGCUUAAACGUCAUACGGUUUACUACUCCAACCCAACCUGGGAGAAUCAUCAUAAAAUAUUUGCAGAUGUCGGCUUUACAAAACUGCAUACUUAUCGCUAUUGGGACCAAAAAAAUCGUCAGUUGGAUUUCAAAGGUAUGAUGGCUGAUCUAGAUGAGGCUCCGCCAUUGUCCAUUAUAAUUUUGCACUCAUGCGCACACAAUCCUACUGGCAUUGACCCAACCCAGGAACAAUGGAUACAAAUUGCUGAUUUAAUGGAACGUAAAAAGCUGUUCCCACUUUUUGACUCUGCUUAUCAGGGCUUUGCCAGCGGUGAUCCCGAUCGGGAUGCAUGGGCUGUUCGUCAUUUUGUUGAUCGGGGCUUUGAGCUUUUUGUUGCACAAUCGUUUGCUAAGAAUUUUGGCUUGUAUUGUGAACGUGUUGGAAAUUUAACGGUGGUGCAGCAGCACGGUGGCACCAAAGCCGCCAUACACUCACAAAUGACACUCAUUAUACGUGGACAAUAUUCAAAUCCACCUGCAUUUGGUGCGCGGAUCGUCUCAAAGGUUUUAAACUCUCCUGCGCUGCGCGAGGAAUGGAUGCAGUGCAUUAAAGCCAUGUCCAGUCGCAUACGCGAAAUGCGCAAGGCUUUGCGUGAUAAACUUGUAGAACUGGGCACUCCCGGAAAUUGGGACCAUAUUGUUAACCAAAUUGGAAUGUUUUCCUAUACAGGCUUAAACGAAAAUCAAGUGCGCGUUCUUAUCAAUAAUUAUCACAUAUAUUUGCUAAAAACGGGUCGCAUUAACAUGUGUGGUCUGAAUACUGGCAAUAUUGACUAUGUAGCAGAAGCUAUACAUGCAGCAGUAACCUCCCCUGGGACACCAUGCACCUGCGAAAACAAAUUGUAAAUCAAGAACACGGGCUAAUCAAGAAACUUUUAGAAAUAUAUAUAUUAAUCCGGAAUAGAUCCUUUAAAAUUAUUGUUAUAAAAUAACGUUACAAAACGCAAAUCGUACGCGCAUUUAAACUGUACACUAAAUAUAAGUAUGUUACUUACAUUUGGUACCCGAAUAUUUGGCAUUUGUUCCACGCAAUUUAAUGUGUUAUUCGCAUUUAAUCAAAAGUUCACAUUUUUCAAAUAAUAUAUCUGUACGAAUGUUAUGUAGAUGCAGUAUUCAAUAUGUACACCACAAACGAAUAAUUAUACAAAAAUCGGUACAGUAGACUUAAAAGACAAUAAAUCGGCGCUGAUAAAGAGGCUGUUGCUUUGUGAAAUUUUUAGUUUUGUAUCUUGUCGAAUUAAAGUGAAAUCGUAGUAGCGUUUUGAGGCAAUAAAACGUAUUUAUACAAUAAAAACCAUUAAACAAAA